AUGGAUGAGGAUGAUAAGAUCACAUUAGAUCCCAACAUCCUUAAACGAGUUCAGUACACACGUUCAUCCCUGAAAUGUUAUUUCUUUGAUUGGAUUACUCUCGAAGUCUACUGGUGCAAAUACUACCAAAACCGAUACCCUCCGAGGAAAGAAAAUAAUAACUCCAUACCCGGUCUCCUUAUUCACCAAGGAGUGGACGCCUUCCGGCUGAUCCGUUCCAAACCAAUCACCUCCGCCUACGCCUCCAUCCCUGCCUACGUCGCAUGGCUCAGGCUCAGCUCCUCAAUCUGGGAGUCGCGGCAGGUGGAGUUCGUGAUUAAGUGUGUGAACAGGGAAAAAGACCCUGAGGGCGAGCGACGACUGAAGGCGGAUGUGGCGAGAUCUCGCAUGCUGAGUCGGCGCGAUCGUUACUUUGGGCCAACAUGCAGCCUGAUCGAGUGCGAGCAACACUUCUACCACGACGAAACCUACUACUGCUGCGUCUUACUCUACUACCCGUACGGUGCCUCCUUGAGCAGCAUAAUGCGGGGGCCCGGGCCCGGGCCCCACGGCUUCCCCAAACCGGACCACAUACUCUUCAUCCUCUACAAGGCUGUGCAAGCCCUUGACGCGCUCCACCGGCUGGGCCAGGCCCACGGCAGCAUCUGCGCGGCCCAUAUCUACAUCACUCGAGGGAUCACGCGUCGGGUCAAACUGGGCUUCGCCGCCUCCGUCGUCGAUCUGGCCACCGACACAGAGAGCGACUCCGUGUCGCCCUACAUGCCCUCGACCUCAGUCUGCAGGUGGGCGGCCGCACCGGAGGCGUACGAUGCACAUGCACCCACCGUGGAAGGCGAUAUGUGGCUGCUAGGAAUUACUGCCUUGGAAUUGGCCUAUGGUGGCCUCAGGAUUACCAGCAGGAGAGAGCUAGAAUCUAUUGUGACAAAGAUAAAUGUGGAGAGGAGGCUCCCCAAGAAGAUUAAUGAAACCGACACGACUAGUGGAACGCGACAUUUUCCUUUGUGCUGCCUCACCCGAGGCCGCGUGUUCCCGGAGCAUGUUUCCGCCCAAAAAAGGGUGUUUUCUAAGGGCUUUCUGGAUUUGGUGGUGGCUUGUCUGGAUUUCCGACCGGAAAAAAGGCCCACAUCAGCUCAACUAUUAUGCCACCACGCCUUCAAAAGGGUCCAAUCUUGGCACGUUCUUCCAGAGGGCCCCUUUCCUCAUGAUGAGUUUUCAAAUGCUUCUUCAAUGACCCGAAUUGGUUGAUCAUUCUUCAUAUUCAAUCACUCUUUCCCUUAGAUUAUGCACUUUCAAAUGGAUGGACUUCAUUGGACUUUAACACAUGCACGUAUCUUUCACUUAUUUCAUAUUAGUACUUAUUUAUACUACACACAACAAAAAUGAAAAUAUACUCAUUCCGGUGGCAUUUAUAGUCUCAUUUCGAAAGUGAUUUUACAGUCUCUAACAACCCUGUAAAACUUUU